UGGUUGAGAUUGAUUCCAGAGGAAAUGAUCGGCAUAAAGAGAUGUUACCAACAUCUGAGCCUGUAAGUUUGUUGUAAAAUUAAGGUGUUAAGUUUGGUGAACAUAAUAAAAUGGUUUGUCUCUGACAGGAAGAAAUGUCCAUGCAACGAACAAGUGUUGAUGCGUCGGUUGAUCUUUCCCCAAGCAAUAAACAUGGGGAAGAUUUGUUUCUGUUACCAGAGUUUUCAGACAAUGUAGGGACAUCCCUUAAGCUCCAAACUGAAACAGCAAGGUUAGAGUUAGACACUUCAACAACAUCUAUAAGUGCAGAAAAGGAUGAUUAUGAACAAGAAAUCAAGUACCUGAGAAACAUGGUGAGAAUGCUUAGUGAAAGAGAGAGGAAUCUUGAGCUCCAGCUGCUGGAAUAUUAUGGGCUUAAAGAACAAGAAGCAGCAGUUUUCGAGCUCCAAAACCAACUGAAGAUCAACAAAAUGGAGGCUAAGCUUUUCAAUCACAAGAUUGAGUCAUUGCUAUCAGAAAACCAGAGAUUAGAGGCCCAAGUGGUUGAUCAUGCAAGAGUCAUGGAUGAGCUUGAAACUGCUAAAUCCAAAAUUAAGCUUUUCAAGAAGAAACUUAAGCAAGAAGCUGAGCAGAAUAGAGAGCAGAUUUUAAGCCUUCAAAAGAAGGUCGCUAGAUUUCAAGAACAAGAACUCAAGGCCUCUGCAAAUAAUCAGGAUGCUGAAUCCAACUUGCAAAGGGUAAAAGCUUUGGAAAUUGAGGGUGAUGAGUUGAGGAAAUCUAAUAUGAGAUUGCAGAUGGAAAACUCUGAACUCUCUCACAAGCUACAGUCUACCCAAAUCCUUGCAAAUUCUGUUUUCGAUCAUUCUGAGGUAGAAGCUUUAAAUGAAAUGAGCAACCAUUUAAGGGAAGAAAACCAGGAAUUGACAAAGCAAAUAGAACAGCUGAGAGCUGAAAAAUUUACAGACGUAGAAGAGCUGGUGUAUCUGCGUUGGAUCAAUGCAUGCUUGCGAUAUGAGCUGAAGAAUUAUCAACCCCUUGCUGGGAGAACAGUGGCCAGAGAUUUAAGCAAAGGCCUAAGCCCCCGAUCUGAAGAGAAAGCCAAAAAACUUGUACUCGAAUACGCCAAAGCCGAUGGAGGAAUUGGGGAUAAAGGGAUCAUCAAUCACAUGGAUUUCGAUUGCGAUCAAUGGUUCCACUCCUCCUCCCAAACUUCAUUCGCCACCGAUGAUUCUUCAUGCGACAAUUCUUCAUCCGCUUCCAAACCCACCAAUAAAAUCAAGUUCUUCAAGAAACUCAGGAGAUUACUACGGGGAAAAGACAACACCAGCAAAGCCGAAGAAGACGCCGAUUCCCCCACCUCCAAUUGUUCAUCCGUGGAUAUCCCCCGAUGGAGGAGCUUGAAUCUGGAUCAAACAAAAGAAGCGGAAAAAUUCCGAAGAAACAGUGAUUUCAGUUCAUACGGAUUUAAAAGACUGAUAUCAGGGAAGGAUGAUGAUUUGGAAUUACCGGCUGAACCCCCAAGAUUGUAUCAAGAUGCCGAUUCCAUCCUCAAGUUUGCCGAGGUUUUGAAACAACCAACACCCGCCAAAGGAAAGAUUCCCAAGAAAGCCGCGAGCAUCAUGUAAAUUCUUCUAUCAUUUUUUUUUUUUUUACUUUGAUGUAAAUAACUUGAUAAGAAUACACUCUCUAUGUUUCAAUA